AUGAGAAGAGCGGCUGAAAGGGCGCUGGAAGGCAGGGGCGUGGAGCCCCUGGUGCAGUACCGCCUGGGGGCGCCGGAGGUGGGCGAGCUGCCUGCCCUGGAGGACGCCUACCUGAGCAUCCUGAAGGGGGUGGGGGAGAACCCUGCCACCCCCAAAGCCAUGCAGUUCCUCACCAAAGGCUACCAAGAGACCAUCGAGGAUAUACUCAAUGAUGCAAUCUUUGAUGAAGAUCAUAAUGAAAUGGUGAUCGUCAAGGAUAUUGAUAUGUUUUCCCUUUGUGAGCACCACUUGGUACCCUUCUUUGGCAAGGUACAUAUUGGAUACUUACCUACAAAGAAAGUGGUUGGACUAAGCAAGCUUGCAAGAAUUGUUGAAAUCUUUAGUCGAAGACUGCAAGUUCAGGAGCGGCUUACCAGACAGAUUGCUCUGGCAAUUACUGAGGCUCUGAAACCUGCUGGAGUGGCUGUGAUUGUAGAAGCAUCGCACAUGUGCAUGGUUAUGCGAGGGGUUCAGAAAAUGAACAGCAGAACUGUCACCAGUACCAUGCUUGGAGUUUUGCGAGAAGAUCCAAAAACCAGAGGAGAAUUUCUUACGCUGAUUAAGAAUUAAAUGGAAAGAGCUUCCCACUCAUGGUUUGUUGGCUCCAAAGUAAAAAUCAAUUGCAAGAAACUAAUUACCGUGUGGGAUGCAGACUGUUUAUAGAGUUUGUGUUUUAGAAAUACCAUGUGACAUACUGGUUCUCAUUAAUGUCUUGUAAUGUUGUAAAAUAUUUGGUAAAGAAUUGACAUGCCUAAAUCAAAAUUGCUGAACUGAAAUUAGCAGUUUCCCAAUGCUAACCAUAAAGUGCCAUGUAAACAUGUUGCUAGAUGAGAGCUAAAUCAAGCCAUCCUACCCAGAAAAUUAAAACCAAAAAACAAUCACCACAGGAAAAUGAAAUUAAGCACAAAAUCCUGUGACUUUUAUGAAUCAAUCUUCAGUACUUUUGUGCCCCUUGUAUUAGGUAAAGGGGUCAGAAAACCAGCAAAUCUCCCCCACCAGUGAUUCUUUUAGUGCAGAGGUUGGCAACCUUUUCAAACCAAAGAGCCAGACUACAUCAAAAUUCAGAACAAGUGAUCAACAAAGAGCCAGAUAAGAAUGCAGGAGUCAGGGAGGGGGU